UAGCAGAGCGUAGGUUGGAGACCCGAGCUGACCGGUUUAGCGGUGGUGGGGGAUGCUGCAUGAGCAGUGUCUUUUGUUUGUAGUUUUUAUUACUGUGUUUUAGUUUCCCUUUUUCUUUCACCUUUUGUUUUCAUUUUUAUUUCUCAGCACCUGCGCGUGCUGCCUGAUACAAGUGCAACGCCUUUACCAUCAUUGGUAUUGGGGAUAGAAGAACCAGUGCCACCUGGUGGUUAAUAAAGGAAAGAAAAGAAUAAUAAAACUGAUCACCAGAGAGGUGUUUCAAUUAAAACCUUCUGUCUCCCAUGUCAGUGAAUUCCCACAGGGACAAAUAAAGCCCCCCCCCCACCAUUUACUCAUCUGUCCCAAUACUAGUUGGAGUGGAGAUGUAGUAUCCUUGUGAUAAAAUCAUGCUAAUGCUAAUGCUGAGAAUCUAGCCCUGUGUUGUAGGUGCAGCCCCCUUCUUCAGAUCUCCAGGUGUUUCUGUUUAACAUGCACUGCUUCUUUCUCUCAUUGUGCAGAGCGUGUUUGUAAAGCCUGUCCAGAGAAGUGGGUGGAGUCCAAUGGAAAGUGCUACUACUUCUCACCUGAUACAAUGAACUGGAACUCCAGCCGGGCUAGCUGUGUGUCAAUGGGAGCAGACCUGGUGAUUAUAGAGAGCGAGGCAGAGCAGAAAUUCUUAUUAGAGAAGACUAAAAGGGAUCCUUACUGGAUUGGCCUGACGGACGCUGUUACUGAAGGAGUCUGGCUCUGGGUGGACGGCACUCCUCUCAAUGACAAGGAAAAAUUCUGGGCCACAAGGACACAUGAUAAUGGUAAAGAGCCUGAUGAUAAUAAGAGAGAGGACCCGUCUGGUGAAGACUGUGCACAACUACAAACAAACAGGAAUUCCAAAGAGACCUGGUUUGAUUCUUCAUGCAAAAAACAAUAUAAAAGGAUUUGUGAAACUAAGGCAUUGAUAGUUUAUAAAGAGGAUAUGACAGGUUGACCGAGUGACGACGUCCCCAGAGCAGAAAGCUGACACAGACACACACAGGCAGGUACUCGGGUGAAAGCGCUGGGCGCGCGUAUUUAUUUAAAAAUAAAAUUAAACAAAAAAAAAAACAGAGCAAAAUAAAUAUUUAAACCAAAACAAAUCACGAACACUUAAAAACAAAACGAUACCUAGGUCAGGCUGGGCAGUCGCCUUCACUGAUCCUGUAGUACUCGAGUUUUAUUUUUACUUUCGUUUUUCACCCGUCUCACUCUCGUUCCUCCUCUGAAACACCCACCCAGAACACAGAAACAGACAGGUUCAUAUACUCGAGGCCAUCUCCGAAUCAACACCCAAUUCAUUAAUUUGGAUACGGACACAUUCUGCACGAGAGUUUUGGUUUGCGUGGCCGACAGUCAAUUUGUCAAUAAUCACUGACUGCUGCCCCGCCCCCUCUAACAACGUGCAGGGCUUCUCUUCUGCCCUGCCACACAGGACAAUCAGGAAAAAAGAAACUAACGUCACUGAAGCACAAAGAGAGACGAGAAAGAAUAGAAGAAACUCAGUUCAGAUAGACAAGCAUGCAGGUCAUCCCCCAACAUUACCAUAUUAACCGUUUGAUUCCCACAUUAUGAGAAAGCAGAGAUAACAAUGAGCUGGUGGUGGUUUGUACUGAAUGAAGUCUGGCCUUGAGAACAGAAUUGCAUUGUUUGUUCAGAAACAAAACUGAAACAUUAAGAAUCUCACAAUAUGAAAGAGCAGCUGAGAUAUAAAACUGCUCUCAGGUAGUUUAGCAACGUGAACUGAAAGGUCAGUGUUUAUUUAAAACCACUGCACACACGGACCCAGAAGACUCCCUAACCAUGAUCUCCUGUGAAAAAAAAAAAAACAAGAAGUUAUCAUGUUCACCAUGCAGA